AUGUCACUGAACAGCUCUGCAAGCGGUGGUGGCUUUCCUGUAAAAAUAAUCAACGAUCGGAUUAUUAUUGUUCAGGUGUCAAUAGCAGUUUUUCUCAGCAUCAACUUUUUUCUAAUCUCAACUUUUUUCAGGAGGGACGUCUUUUACAACACCAUGCGUUAUAUCCUAUUUGCUGAGACUCUGCUAUCAGAUUGUCUGUUUUUAAUUCUGACUGAUUCUCUGCUGAUUUUAAGCUUUUUUGGUUGUACAAUGCAAAUGUGGCUGUGCCUUUUUAUAUAUAUUAUUUUAUCUGUGUACUCAUUUGUCACACCUAUUACUCUCACAGCUAUGACACUGGAGCGCUAUGUGGCCAUCUGCAUGCCUCUGCGACAUGCAGAGCUGUGCACCCCUCAUGGCGCUCUGCAGCUCAUUCUCAUCAUUCACAGCAUCAGUGCAGUGUCCUGCAUUGUUAUUCUCUCUAUUUUUUUUGCAGCAGUUUCUCCCACCUACUUCACUCAGAGCACAAUAUGUUCUGCAGAAAUGUUCAUACUGUUCAGCUGGCAGCGUCAUCUUAGGUCAGCCAUAAGUCAGUUUUACUUCUUAAUCAUGGUUAUUAUCAUUGUUAUUUCCUACGUCAAGAUACUAAAGGUGGCCAAAACUGCAUCAGGAGAGAAUAAAAAGUCAACACGGAAAGGUCUCAGAACUGUGACUCUUCAUGGUUUCCAGCUGCAACUUGGUCUCAUCCAACUGUGGUGUCCCUUCAUAGAAGCUGCAGUGUAUAAUGUUGAUCCGAUCGUGUACAAUAAUCUGAGGUUCUUUAAUUAUAUUGUGUUCUUUCUUGCUCCAAGAUGCUUGAGCCCUCUUAUCUAUGGCCUUAGAGAUGAAUUGUUUUUUCAAGCACUGAAAUAUCACGCUCUUCGCGGUUUGUUGAAAAAUAUAUAA